ACCGAAAACGAUGUCAAGUCGAAUUAUUAGUUUUCUGAUUCGUCACCGCCUUUGUGCAGCAGAGCAGCAUGCUUCGGAUGAACAUUGUUUGAUGCUGCAUCGCCUCUCGCGUACGGGUUGUGCGCGUUAGAUAAUUAUCAUCGGACUCGGAUCGUCAAUGAACCACACCGAAAAGCUGCCGAAAUAUCUGAGCACGCUUUUUCGGCGCAACGAGUUCUCUAUUUCACACCCCUCACGCAGAUGAAUCCAUUAGAUUUUGGACGAGGUGUUUGCGGUCAGUUCGCCGUUGACAAUCGGAGGUACUGAUCGUGGAAGCUAGAGUUUCGAAUUAGGAUCAAUUAGAGUGCUGCUGCAUUAACGACUACCUAGAGUGUCGAGUAAAGUUUGUGGUUGCAUCGGAAAUUCGGAUCGAGGACACAUCUAUUUUGAUGAUAGACAAUUUCAGAAUUUUAGGACCCCAGAAAUGAUCUUCCAAUGCAGAGCAGUGGCCAUGCUAUGCCUUGUAGUGAUAUUGAUGCAGCAAGCCCAUUCCAGUUAUGGCAGACCACAGGACAGCUCGAAGACGCCGAAAAGCGACAAGGCCGAACGGAGGCAAGACGUGGAGUUGACCAAAGAGACACAGAUCGGCGAUGCCAAGGUAUACGGUUUGAUCCACAAUAAAUCCGAAGACAAAGACGCCGUCCAGGAAAAGGAAGGCAUCCAUUCGAAGAUCCUGUCGAUGUACGACAAAGUGCAGCAAAAGAUCGUGAAUCUUUUGAACCCUGGAGCUGUCGUAGACAAGGCAACAGCCAAAGACUACGAACCAAACCCAAUCGAAGACUACGAAGCCCUCCGGUUGUCCAUUGUCAACGCAGUGGACUUUUUCGCUAAACAGAUUAAUGCGGCUCUGAAUAAACCCCGAGAAUUCUUCCGGAAGGCCAACAAAAAGUUUACGAAAACACUGAACGACCUCGGAUCCAAGAUAAUAGAGCUGGAAUAAGUUACACGGAAUGACGAUAUGGAGUACAUACAAGGUUGAUUUAUUUCAUUUAUCUCUGAGAAUUACCAUGUAAAUACAAGUUGUGCUACUUUGGAAUGCUUUGCUUCGACUUCGGCAGUCGGAUAUACUAUUUAUAAAUACAUAGAUCUAUAAGGUAGUAAAAACCAAUUGUAUCAUAUAAGGUCUAAAAUCUAAGCGCGAUCUAUCGAAAGCUAGGUCGGAGACU